AUGCUCCCAACCAAUGAGAUUGCCACGUCGUUAUGCCUAGAUGAUCACGACGACUCAUCUAUGCAGCAGUCGACUUCGUCGUCAAGUUCACCUUGCUUAAUGCUUAAGGUUAAACUUGCUACGCCGCCAGAUUAUACGGGCCGUCCUUGGUAUCAUGGCGAGAUUUCGCAGGCGGAGGCCGAAGUAUUGCUCGAAGAUGCCAAACCUGGUCGCUUUCUCGUGCGUAAAGCGGGUCCAACACGAUAUUUUCUUUCAUGUGUGACCGAUAAUAAUUUACUACUUCAUUUACCAAUUUUUAUCUUCGAGCAAACACUGGGUUUAUUCCGAGCAUUUGUUUCCAGCACUUCGAGGGGUGAUGUUAUAACGGAAAUACAUCCACUGGAGAAAUGUUAUAUUCUGGCGAGAAAUGAGAGGACGGGUCAGACAGGUUACAUGUCCGCGAAGACAUUAGAUCCUAUCGUGAGUUUGACAAAUCUUGGUGCGGGUGCUUUUUUGGUCCGUUCAUCAAGCCAAGGUGCUGAUGCUUUUGCACUUUUGGUGAAUACACGAGAUAAGAUCGAAAAAUUUCUUAUUCGUGGCGGUACGGAAGGCUCUGAUGGCUUCUUUCUUGCCGGUCGUCGUUUUCCUUCGUUACAACAUAUUAUAGACAGAUAUUGCGUUCAUCCUAUUGCAAACAAUGUGCGUUUAACGCAUGCUGUUCUGUCAUCAGCGUCGCGGUCUCGUGUACCAACUGAAGAUCAACAUGGCGUGGCUGUUGCGCCGGGAACUACGUCGACAUCAGAAUGGUCACCUAAUGUAACCUAUAUCGAGGCAACAGAUGACUACUUCAAUCACAACUGCGCAUCUAAUACUGUUGCUGCUGUUUUUUCCUUUCUUACCUUUUAUGGGCUUUUUUUUAUUUUAGCACGAGAAGAAAAAGCGUGGAAACCAUGUUGGCUUACGCUAUGCGAUGAUCCCAACGAUGGUUCGUGUUUUCACCAAAUAUUUUUGUAUCAAUUGGUAUUUCAGAGCGCCAAAGUCCGACUUGUGCUAGAUUUGGCGUAUUGUGUAAUGUAUCUACUUGAUGAUUCUGUCUUCUCGCGUGAGGGUUGUAUAUUUUUCUCGCAGACUGACAUCGACCUUCCCGGCGUGUACCUAUGUUUUCGGCCAACACAUGUCCUCAUCAAAUGGCUUGAAUUAUCUGAAUCACUGAAGCAGGACGGCUUUUAUUCUCACUUCCUAAACAUUUGUGGUCCUCCAUCAGUAAUAUUUGACUGUUCCUUUCUGCUUCCACUACUACCUCCCGAGAAUGGCACUCUGCAAUUCUCGGUUCUUUCACAUACUAGUGGUGGAAAAAAGGGCAGGCCACUUGGUGUCUCGGCUUUACUCUCUUUGCCUGAUUCACUGCCGUAUUCUGAUUCACCGGAGUUAGGAUUUACGUUUCAUGCUACGCGGUAUCGAUUUCGUUCUUUUGUCCUUAUUUUUAGUGUUAUGCGUCAGGACUCAUUCACGACAACAUUGCUAACCCAAACGCUGCGUAUUCUCGAAGAUGCAUUUGAUGCAAUCGGUGUAGCAAAUUUGAAGUUAUUACAGCCAACAGAAGUGGAUCACAUAGUUGCCGUUCUCGAUAAAUUGGUUUCACCGACUUCAUUAGUAUGUGAUCUGCUCGUUGUGGUUGCACAACUAGCUAGUGAGCGAUUUCCUGAUGAACCUCAUUUGGUGAGGAGGGUGUUAAGGUUUGUCAGUCAUUUUCUUAUUUUAAGUUCGUCUAAACUACAUAUGUGUUAA